AUGUCUGUCUCUGGCUAUAGGCCUGUUCCAUCAUGGAGCCCACCCGGCCCAGCAGUCGCAGCUGCAUCGCGCUCACCCGACAUCAACUUCUUCAACACAGUCCUCCGGUCCGAUGAUCAUUCAAUACCAACACUCCGACAUCUGCCCGCGGGGGAUCCUUACCCCUCCGAAUUUGAUAUGCUUGGAUUUAUGGGCGGGAUCACAUCGGAACUGGAGCAAAAACACCUCGAUUUGACGACUGGGCUCGACGCUACUUUCACCGCUAGUCCAUCGCAGUCGCUUCCUGGUGUGCUGCCGCAUAUGGAGGGCCAAUUUAUCGACCGUCACACCCCACUCAGUCCUGAUGCGCCUUCUUCGGGGCUAGAUGAGACGUCUAUUGGAAGUGGUUCGGAUAGUGCCACCCGGCGGGGGAGCUGGUCUGAUGCAGGUGGUACUUCGUAUGAGGAUCAGCUUAUACAGCACUUCCUGGCCAUUGGACCGCCGGCUGCUCCGUUUGGACCGCUCAAUAUGGAGUGGAAGUACGUUCGGCCGGCGUUGUUGGCUCAUGCGCGGAGCUUUGGUCCGCUUUUGAAUGCUGUGUACUGUUACACUGAUAUUCAUAAAGCGAUGGUGGAUGGGAAACGCUGGCGCUGGGCGCCUACGUAUUACAGAGUUUCCAGCUCGGAGAUCCAGGCAUGUCUCCUUGGUGAAGUGGGCGAGUACACCCUUGUCAAGGUCUAUGCGACUGUUUUUCUCUUAAUGUUAUCCGAGCUUCUCUCAUCCCACGAGAUAUGUGCUGGGACCUCCUUUCUUAAGUCUGGAUACCUCAUCCUCCAGCGCUUCCAUGAUCGCACUCUAACAUGGACUGGCCUUGGUCACCUCCUAGUCUCAUGGGUCUCUCUACUGGACGUUAAAUCCCUGAUUGCAGGUCGCGAGGGCGACCCUCUAACCGAGCUAGGAAAUCUACCAGAGCACGGAAUCUCAAGAAAGCCAAUAGAGCCACAAACGUUCCCUACACCACGCACCACAACCCCAAACGACGACCCGAAAGAAGACGAAACCAACGAAGACCCAUUCCGCAGCCCCAGCUACCUCGUCUAUGAAUCAAUCGUAGGCCCCGCCUUCCAAUUCUUCGUCCAAGCCCAACAAAUCGUCCGACGAAUAGUCUGCAUCGACCUCCACCACCGCAGCCGCGGAACCCUCAGCGAUGAAUUCGAAGUCCUCCAAAUAGCACACAAAGUAGGCGCAGACCUCGAAACACUAUGGCACAAACGGCCCGCAGUAAUAGAUGUCUACGGACGGCCCGAAGCCCUAGCCGAUACACUAUGCGCCCCAGUCGCAAUGGAAGUCUGCCGCACGUUCCGACAAUACAUCGCCAGUUUCCUGGCUAACUUCAUCUACCUGCACCGCGUUGCAUUUGCAAUCUAUCCACGCACAGACCGUGUCAACGGUGCCGUGGACCAGAUCAUUCAGCUUGCUACUGUUGAUUCUGCCGGACCCGGUCACCUUCCUGUUAGUUUUAUGUGGCCGUUGUUUGUUGCCGGCUUGGAAGGGACCAGUGAUCAGCGUCAGUGGAUCGUUCAGGAGAUGCAUCGUAUGGCUUCUGUUCAGGCUACGGAUCCCGUUACUACGCUUACGCGCCAUCCGGCUGCUGAUAAGGUUCUCUUGUUGCUGGAGGAGAUGACUCGGCGACAGGAUGCUUCACGGACAUGGGCUGACUCCAAGUGUGUCAGGCGGGAGUUGUUUUCGGAUUUCUUUAUCGUGAUUUGA